CACUUUUCACUCCUUCUUCCUUCCCUUGCUUCGUCCACGCUGUUGUGUCUGAAAAUAGACUCUGUUCUGAACUCGGUUGAAAUCCACGUGCCACCAUGCCCGAAUUGACCGAAGUGUUGACCAAGCCGACCCCCGAGGUCGAAGAGGACAAGAACAAUGAUUCGGAUACGGAUUCCGGAUCCGACGAAUCUAUUCCCGAAUUGGAGGAGACCGGUGCGGCCGGACAGACGCAGGGUGCCAAUCCGCUGGCCGCGGCCGCCGGUCUGAACGAGGACUUGGUGAGCAAGGCUAAGCAGAGUCGGGGCGAGAAGAAGGCCCGCAAAAUUAUGUCCAAGUUGGGCUUGAAGAACGUGGCCGGCGUGUCUCGCGUCACCAUCCGCAAGUCUAAGAACAUCCUGUUCGUCAUUACCAAGCCGGACGUGUACAAGAACCCGGCCAGCGACACGUACAUCGUGUUCGGCGAGGCCAAGAUCGAGGACUUAUCUCAACAGGCUCAGAUGGAGGCGGCUCAAAAGUUCAAGGCGGCCGAGGCCCCGCAGCCCACGGAAAUGGGUGCUCAGGGCACCACGGGCGCCCCUGGACCCGGGGCCAUUCCCGAAGAGGAUGAGGACGAUGAGGAGGUGGACGACUCGGGUGUGGAGGAUAAGGACAUUGAACUGGUCAUGUCUCAGGCCAACGUGUCUCGGUCAAAGGCCGUGAAGGCGCUAAAGAACAACACCAACGACAUCGUGAAUGCCAUCAUGGAGCUCACCAUGUGAGGCGAGUGUCCCUCAGUCGAUAUCAAACACCGCAGCCACCCACACUAAAAACUACGACGACAACAACAACCACCACUCAUUCAAUCAAUCCAUCGCCAAUCCGAGAAUGAUGAGGAUGAUGAUCUGUGCCACCUCAAGGCCAUCCAUCGGUUAAGAAUAAUCCCUCUUUCAUGAGGACUUCGGUGCACGGAUGGACGCGCCAUGAUUUCAUCAUACAUGUUGUUUCCGUGACGACCGUGGUGUAUCUCUCUUUGCAUUCUUUGAGCUUUUUUUGGAUGGGGGAUCGCGAUUUUCCGAACUCUGGGUUUAGCGAAUCCACGAUGCCUUUGAAAUAAAGUUGAAAAAUCAUAAUCAAACUCA